AUGUCCCUGCUUUGUGUGCUCUGCCACUCUACCCCUAGGGAUGUGUGGAUUAGUGCAGAUAUCAACUGUGCAGAUGUUCGCAGCCCCCAGCAGGCUCGGAGAAGUGAUACGAUCAGCACGGGCAGGAAUGGCAAACACUCUGCCAAACACCUUCCAGACGGCAGCUUAACACUAAGGCCCCCCAUGAAGGAGCGCGCUGUGCCAGAGUCCGUGACUCCAGAAGCCACCAAAACGAGGAAGGUUCACUGCACUGCUGCAGAGGGCAAGCAUGGAGCUCAACGCUCAGAAGAGGCAGUACACCAACUACAUCUGGCACCUCUUCUGCCCAGAAAGUCAGCUGGCCUCGAGGCUGAAGAAAGCAAAGUCCCAGGAGUGGAGAAACCAUCAGAAGGCUCUUCUGUGCUCACAGAGGCCUUGGAGAAGGAGGUCUGUGAUGCCUUUGGCAGAGGGGACCCCGAUGAGAUCGUGAGCAGUGCCUUCAAGCUGAAGGUCACCCGUGAGGACAUCGGCACCCUGAGGGAGCAUCGCUGGCUGAACGAUGAGGUCAUCAAUUUCUACAUGAAGCUCAUUGCGGAAAGAAGUAAGAAGGAGGGAUUUGCAGCAGUCCAUGCCUUUAGCACUUUCUUCUACCCAAAAUUCAUCUCUGGGGGCUACUCAGCUGUGAGAAAGUGGACCAAAGGUGUGGAUCUGUUCCAGCAGGACCUCAUCUUCGUGCCCAUUCACCUGAGGGUGCACUGGGCCCUAGUGGUGGUGGAUGUCAGAAGGAAGACCAUCCGGUACUACGACUCCAUGGCAAAGAGCGGGGACAAGAUUUGCCAGACUCUGUUCCAAUACCUGCGAGAAGAAAGCCUGGAGAAAAGAAACUUGGAGCUGGCUUCUUCAGAGUGGACGCUUCGCAGCAUGGAAUCCCAUGAGAUCCCUCAGCAAUCCAACGGAAGUGACUGUGGGGUGUUCAUAUGCAAAUAUGCUGAGUACCUCUCCAGGGACAGAGCCACCACCUUUACUCAGAACGACAUGCCUGCCUUCCGCAAGACGAUGGUGUGGGAAAUAAUCCAUCAGCAGCUGCUAUGAGACCUGCACUGUUAGACCUACACUGUGAUCACCUGCGGCUGACUAACUCCCACUGUAGUUACUGUGCUAGGAUCUUAGAUUGGGAAGGCAGCAGGCACACAGAUUUGCCUGCUUAGUCUAUCAAGUAAAGGAUAAGUUUAGGAGUUCGAGUUUAGGAGAUAAGUUUUGGAGUUCGAGUUUAGGAGAUAAGUUUAGGAGAUAAGUUUUGGAGUUUGAGUUUGGGAGGGUAGCUUAGAGGAUAAGUUAAAGGUUUUCUCCUUGAGUUUGGAGACAGUUACUCUCUUUCUGAUUAGCUGGGGGGCUGUCUGUUUUGUUGGUUGCUCCCCCCUCCCCUCCCCCUCCCUGUAUCCAGGCAGUUAUCUAA